GGGACGAUCAUUCUGUAUUCUUUAUAGCGUCAUCCGUCAGCUCAGCUGACGCCAUCCAAUCCUACUAUUGCCUACUGUUGCCUACUACGCAGUACUACGUUCGUAGUGUGAUAUUCGAACAUGCUUAAACGUGGCGCGUUUAUAGUUUUGGAGGGUUGCGAUCGAGCCGGCAAGUCGACCCAAGUGAAGAUGCUGAUAAACGCAUUAAACGACCUACAGAUCCCAGCGAAGGCCCGAGGAUUUCCAAACAGGAAGACUCCUGUUGGAACUAUUCUAAAUAGCUUCUUAUCGAAAGAGAUAAAUGUGCCACCGGAAACAGCUCAUUUGUUGUUCUCUGCCAAUCGAUGGGAGUGCAAGGAGGACAUGGAAAAAACACUUCUGUCCGGUGUUUCGCUGGUGAUGGACAGAUACGCGGCUUCUGGUGCAGUGUACACAGCAGCUAACACCGGCAGAAGUCUAAACUGGUGUCAGCAGCCCGAUCUUGGUCUUCUAAAGCCAGACUGCGUGAUGUUUCUCAAAGUAUCCAAGCGGCAGCAGGAGCUGCGCAGCGAUUGGGGAAAGGAGAGGUUCGAGCAUGACGAAUUUCAGCAACGCGUUGACGCCAAUUAUGAGGAGUUAAAGGACGACUCUUGGUUCGUUAUAAAUGCCGAUCAAGACGAAUCGACAGUGCAUGCCGAAAUAUUGCAGAAAACACUGUCUGUUAUUCAGGAAGUUCAGUAUCGUGAUAUAGAAUUUCUUGGUGAAUGAUAAUUUGUUGGCAAUUCUUUUUCUACGUACCUCUACCUCGGCAAAGAAUUACUACACUAAUUCUACACUAGUAAUUCUAUGUGGUAUUUGCUAUUAUCUUUGAUAAAAAAAAAAGUGAUGAAAUAUCAAUCUUUCAAAUAAGUAUUUCUCUAUUUUCAUACCUUUUUAUGUAAACUUUGCACUUAUAAGAUCAAUGAAAUUGUAAAUCAUUGUUAAUUGUUAUUUGAUAGACAUAAUAUUGAUUAAUACAAAUAAAUUAUAUUGUUGAAAUUUAAAAAAAGUUGGAUAUAAAUUGAAUAAAUUAUUAUUCUUUUUUUUUUUAAUUGCUAAAUGAGUUCAUUUAUGUUUGCUUGAAAGCUACUUUAUAGACAUGCACAUAUCAAAUUUUUUAAUAGUGAAAAUCUCGCGUAAUGUUAUCUAUAAUUUAUGCGAGCUUAUAUAAAUUCUUAUAUAAAACAUUUGACAUAAUAGUAGUUAUUAUUAUUUACUUAAGUAAACGGAACUUCCUCUUUUUCCGUUUUACUUUGAAUAAUAUAAUCUGACUUUUAUCGAGAAAACUGAGGGUUGCAGGUGUCUCUCAGAUAAAGUCAAAUGUUAGAGUAGGAAGACGUAGUUCUAUCGUAUGUUUCGACUCGAUCUUGGCGAAAUGCUCGCCGGAUAUUUCCGCCGGAAUACGCGUGUGUGUAUACACACGAAUGUAUUCGAGAUACAUGUGCGAGAUAUGUUACGUCCUCGAGGCAUGAUUGAUGUUCCCGCACGUUAGUAUUGUAUCAUAAAUAAAACUAUAGGAAAUACAAAAGUACUUAGAAUGUAAAAAUAUGAAUAUAUACAUGCGUACUAUUUGUAACAAUACCAAUAGUAAAAAUAUUUGUACAAUAUGUAAACAAGUUUUGUAAUUUCGAAAUCUUUUUAUAUUACAUAUUAUAUCUUUGAUAUGAUAUAAGUUAUGUUUAUAUGUCGUAUUCUAAGAAAAAGAAAAAUAUAUCGAGAGAUAAAAAAGGGCUACAGCCCGUAUCGCAUUAGAAAUUGAAGAGUAGCGCAUUGGAGAUUAGAAUUCAAUCACUCAAAACGAAACGGAUUAAUUAAAAUUGAAAUUAUCUGACUGGUUGAAUUCCAAUCUUCAAUUCGCAAUCCUCAAUCUCCAAUGCGUAGUCGAUAUCUCAAUGGACUUAAUUUCUCUCAAGAGCGAAACCAAUUAUUGAUUCCUGAAAAUCAAUAAUUGAUUUCUUUUUUCUUUAAGAACAUAAUGCACCUGCAUCGUUACGCUUGUAACUAUAACGAUCAUUUAUAAAGAUCUGAACUUAAUUAUAGCAAUAAUCAACUAAUCCUACUUCUUUGUGCAUCAUAAUUAUAAUAAUAACGAAAAAAAAAGAAAAUAAAAUUGACGUUUUUAAAAUCUCAA